CGACCGCACAGCUCCGACCUCCACCACCCCACAAGCUCCGACUGCUGUUGCAAGCCUUGCUGAUUUCUAAGCGACAGCAAACCUUAUCCUGAGUCGCCCCGCCCUCGCCCACCAUGCCUGACGUCGUGGAUCCCCGGAUGAUGAAGGUGCAGCCAAGGAUACGGUACAACACCAUCGGCGGUGUCAACGGUCCAUUGGUCAUUUUGGAGAGUGUCAAAUUCCCCAAGUACAACGAGAUCGUGUCCUUGACUCUGCCCGAUGGCACGGAGCGGUCUGGCCAAGUCUUGGAAGCUCGAGGAAACAGAGCAGUCGUCCAGGUCUUCGAAGGCACGACCGGCAUCGAUGUGAAGAAGACAAAAGUCGAAUUCACAGGCCAUAGCUUGAAGCUCGGUGUGUCCGAGGAUAUGCUUGGCCGCAUCUUCGAUGGAUCAGGCCGGGCCAUCGACAAAGGCCCCAAGGUGCUUGCGGAGGAGUACCUAGACAUCAACGGCAGCCCCAUCAACCCGUACUCUCGAGUGUAUCCUGAAGAAAUGAUCUCGACCGGCAUCUCAGCCAUCGACACCAUGAACUCCAUCGCCCGUGGACAAAAGAUCCCCAUCUUCUCGGCCGCUGGUCUGCCACACAACGAAAUUGCUGCCCAGAUAUGUCGGCAAGCUGGUCUAGUUGCGAAACCUACAAAGGAUGUCCAUGAUGGCCAUGAGGAGAACUUCUCCAUUGUCUUUGGCGCCAUGGGUGUCAACUUAGAAACGAGUCGCUUCUUCACCCGAGACUUUGAGGAGAACGGCAGUAUGGAGCGCGUCACGCUGUUCUUGAACUUGGCCAAUGAUCCAACCAUCGAACGAAUUAUUACCCCUCGUCUUGCCCUUACCACUGCCGAAUACUACGCUUACCAGCUCGAGAAACAUGUCUUGGUUAUUCUCACCGAUCUCUCCUCAUACUGCGACGCCCUCCGCGAAGUCUCCGCAGCCCGAGAAGAAGUUCCAGGUCGGCGAGGUUAUCCAGGAUACAUGUACACUGAUUUGUCUACCAUCUACGAGCGAGCCGGCCGUGUCGAGGGUCGCAACGGUUCUAUUACCCAAAUACCCAUCUUGACUAUGCCUAAUGAUGAUAUCACCCACCCCAUUCCCGACUUGACAGGCUACAUCACAGAAGGCCAAAUCUUCAUCGACCGUCAGCUAUACAACAAGGGUAUCUACCCACCCAUAAACGUCCUCCCCUCCCUCUCCCGUCUCAUGAAAUCUGCUAUUGGCGAAGGUCGCACACGAAACGACCAUGGUGACGUUUCCAACCAGCUCUACGCCAAAUAUGCCAUCGGUCGUGAUGCCGCUGCCAUGAAAGCCGUCGUCGGUGAGGAGGCCUUGUCCUCUGAAGACAAAUUGUCUCUAGAAUUCCUAGAGAAGUUCGAGCGCACUUUCAUCAACCAGUCUGCAUAUGAGAGCAGAACCAUCUAUGAAUCCUUGGAUUUGGCAUGGUCACUGCUCAGGAUUUAUCCAAAGGAGUUGUUGAAUCGUAUACCAGCCAAAGUUUUGGAUCAAUAUUACCAGCGUUCUGCAGAGGGAAGGAAGCGGGAGAGGAAGGGCAAUAAGGAUACCAGGGAUAAUACUGUCGAAGGGGGGAGUCAGGGGCAGAGCGAUAACUUGAUUGAUGUGUAGAUGGAUGGUUUGGCUUGGUGGAAGGCGACUAAAGUAGAUUAGGUGAAUUUAGGGUCAGCACCCUCAGCCUUGCAAGUGAGAUAUCCUUACAUGGAGGAGGUAGAACCAUGCGAGAGUUAGAGAACGUGAUGUCUGGCACUUAACUGGAUGUGGUAUUUGUUUUUAUAUCGAAUAUUUAAGAAUUUGUUUAUUUGAUUUUGGUCGGGG